CGUGUAAACCGAUUACAGGAUUCCGGUUGAGUAAACUUAACCUGUAUUGCCACUUAUCUUAUAUAACUACCUCCUUCCUCCACAACCUUAAAUCAGUCUUCUACCUGCUUUUCACUUCUCUUAAUUUCUUGAAUCCUUGCUUCCCUUGUUUCUCAGUUGUUCAAGAAUGGCUCCGGCAGCCGUGAAUCUUGAUAUAAUACCAACGGCUUCGAAUUCCAAGAAGAGGGCGUAUAUAACGUUCUUGGCAGGAAAUGGCGACUACAUAAAGGGUGUCGUCGGAUUGGCCAAAGGGUUAAGGAAGGUUAACUCCGCGUAUCCUCUUGUCGUGGUGGUUCUUCCCGACGUUCCGGAGGAGCACCGUCGUAUCCUGGAGUCUCAAGGUUGCAUCGUUAUAGAAAUUGAACCAGUUUACCCACCGGAAAGUCAGACUCAAUUCGCCAUGGCGUAUUACGUCAUCAACUACUCCAAGCUCCGCAUCUGGAAGUUUGUGGAGUACGGGAAGAUGAUAUACUUGGAUGGAGAUAUCCAGGUGUUUGAUAACAUUGACCAUCUGUUUGACCUGCCGGACGGCCACUUUUACGCGGUGAUGGACUGUUUUUGCGAGAAGACGUGGAGCCAUUCGCUGCAAUACCAGAUUGGGUAUUGCCAGCAGUCUCCGGAGAAGGUCCAGUGGCCGGCCGACAUGGGUCCGAAACCGUCUCUCUUCUUCAACGCCGGCAUGUUUGUUUUUGAACCAAGUAUCACUACCUAUGAUGAUCUGCUAAAGACCCUCAGCGUGACCCCUCCCACCCCUUUCGCUGAACAGGAUUUUUUGAACAUGUACUUCAAGGAUAUCUACAAGCCAAUCCCUCUGGUGUACAAUCUUGUUCUUGCGAUGUUGUGGCGGCAUCCAGAAAAUGUAGAUGUUGAUGAAGUGAAAGUAGUUCAUUACUGUGCUGCUGGAUCAAAGCCAUGGAGGUAUACUGGAGAAGAAGAGAACAUGCAGAGGGAGGACAUAAAGAUGUUUGUGAAGAAAUGGUGGGAUAUUUAUAACGACAAGUCUCUAGAUUGCAAUAAAAAAUCGAUUUUGGCAGCCAGCAGCAACAAUACUAAUAAUGGUGAGAUGGUUUUAUCGCCGGCACUGAUCUCCGACCCUAAAGUACCCGUCUGCGCGCCCUCGGCCGCUUAAUUAGCCGGGUCGUCGAGUAUAUAUAUAUAAUGUACUGCUCAUAGUUUGUUUUGGGUUGUUGGUUUCACUCCAUUUCUUAUAAUGGAUUGUAUGGAUAUGUAAAUUAGGAGGUAAAAGGUUUGCUGAUUUCUCUUUUUCUCGUUCUUAUAUAUCGUAAUCGUAAUAAUAUUGGAAUGUUAAGUUUAAA